AUGGAAAGCAAUAACAAAUUUACUGAAGAAGAAAACGCCUGAAUAAUCAGUCUAGAGAAGUCUGUUCUGGAAGAAACCAAGGAACAAGAUAUCACCAGAAGCCAGAGCAUCCUCCAUAAGAUUUUUCCAAAGAAAAAAGAAAUUGAGCCAUUGGAUUCAGACUCUGGAGAAGUUUCAAAAAGAAAUAGUAGACUUUAUAUAGAUUUCAGGGAUCUUAGAAAUGCUAAACUCGCUCAAAGUUUCAAGCACCUCAAGUUCUUUGACACAAACUUUGUUGAUUUUGGCUGUGUUGAUUCUAAAAAUAAACAUUUUUGAGAUUUCUUAGAAUCCUCAUUCCCAGAUAAAACUAAUCAUCUUUGCCUUUACUCCUGGAAUAAAAUGGAUCUGAAGAGGUCCAAUUACUUAAACUCCCUGCUCAGGGUCAGUUCGAAAGUCCUCCAAAGAGUUACAUUUGAUUCUUUCUGCAUCGGCCUCCCCUCCCUGAAGAAGCUGGUGACAGCUUACAAACAUGCCAGAGUGUUGAGAUUGUGGGAUUGCAGGUUAGCAAUCCCAAGUGUUCCUGAUUUUUCAAAGGCUCUUACAAACUGCCAGAUCCAGAAACUAGGUUUAGAUGGAUCCGGAUGCUCUGAUCUUAGUGACUGGGAGAACAACUUCCACGAGUUCAAGAACUUGGUCCAAGGAUUAGCAAGUUCUCCAGAUUUAAGAUUGAGUCUUAAAGAGGUAGUAAUCUGUAACUGUGGAGUAAAUCAAAUUGAAGCCAAAAACAUUUUGGAAGAAAACCAACUUGGAGGAGUUAAAAUAAUUACUGAGGAUUAAAUUUUGGUUAAAUUUUCU